CACGGCACAGACGGGAACAGCUGGGAGCUUUAUUGAGGUCGCACGCAAAAUCUUGACGAGCUAACUGAAGAUUUGUAUUAUUAUUUCUUUGUCAAAAAUCUGAAUUAUAUGAGAAAUGCGGGCUGUUUUGGCGCUUCUGGUGAUGUGUUAUUGCGGUAGCGCGCUGGGUGAACGGGGACUCAAGGUGUCCAGGAGAGCUCACAGGACCCGCUGUCUGGACAUGCCGGAGGAAGUUCUAGAGCAGAUGUUCGGGAGACUUUCGGUCGGUGUGCUUAGUGCUUUUCAUCACACCCUUCAGCUCGCGCCUCCAGAGCGACAGAAUCUCACCUGCACAUCAGUGAAUCGCCUAGCGCGUGACAGAUCACGUACCCCCGUAAACUUGCUCAGCCUCUCGCCUUGGGCGUACAGAAUCUCCCACGAUUCUGCGAGGUACCCUCGAUUUCUCCCGGAGGCCUAUUGCUUGUGUAAGGGAUGCCUGACCGGUCCAAGCGGGGAGGAGAGUGACCGCUUCCGAAGCAUUCCAGUCUACGUGCCCACCGUCGUGCUGCGCCGCGUCGGCUCGUGUGCCGGAGGACGUCAUUCCUACAUUGAGAGCUACGUGUCCGUCGCCGUGGGUUGUACUUGUUUGCCAGUAUUGGAAAAAGACAGAAAAACACGAAAGGGCAAGCAAACUGGGAAAAGAGUAGCGCCUAAAACUACAGUUUCCACCUUAAAACAUUUUAACUGAGCUGAUAGGGUUGCCAGUUCUACAUCACCAUUACUCAUCCCACUUUUUUGUUUCUAUACACCUGAAACUAUUGUAAGAAAUUAAGGUAGAUAGUGUAAAUGAUCCUUCAAUUCCAGAUUCUAGUCUGGAGUGCCAAGCCAAAGGAAACUUUGGUGCCAAAAAUAACCAUUGAAAAAUCCCAAAUUCUUGGAACAGGCCUGUCAACACCAUGGUGUACAAUAGCUAAUACCAUUCAGCUGUGUACAAGCAGAAAAGGAAUGACCAGACAUGUUGCUUUUAAAAACAUGCAUGAAUUUUAACCAUUUACACUAUUUAAAAGGGAAACCAUUUAUUUUGAGUUUAUGCCGAUGGACCUACUCAUAUUAUUGCUUUAAAUACACUGGUUCCACACACAUCUAGUUUAUACUGUAUUAUAUAGAACUCAAUUAAAUUAAUCACAAUGUCUUCAUC